CGUCGGAGUGGCGAGCUGGCUGCCGUAGCCUCGGGAAGCACACUGACCACAGACUACCCGGCAAACAUUAAAUAGUACUAUUCCGUCCGUCUGCAGGUGAUGUUCUAGUCAUGUCAGAUAAGGAUGCUACAGAGACCCCAACGGUAACUGAAGCAGGCCCGAUCCUUCAAGAUGGGAACUGUGAGCCAGCUGAGAAGCCAGAGAAGAAAUCUCAGCCUGUAGCAUCCACUCGGAAAAGACCAGAACCCAUUCUUUCCAGGGACCUUGAGGCUUCUCAGCUUCCUGCCCAGGAGGCUGUUUGUAAAGAUGCACCUCAGACUGGAUGGGGCUACUGGGGCAGCUGGGGCAAGUCCCUGCUCUCCUCAGCCUCGGCUACAGUAGCGACAGUAGGACAAGGUAUUUCAAAUGUCAUCGAGAAGGCGGAGACUUCUCUUGGAAUUCCUAGCCCCACUGAAAUUUCAGCUGAAGUCAAGCAAGCUGCAGGAGAAACAAAUGGCAGUGAGAAGGAAAGCUCACCAGUGGUUGGUCCUUUUGGGGUGUUCUCGACCAUCUCAACAGCUGUGCAGAGCACGGGCAAGAGCGUUAUCAGUGGGGGUUUGGAUGCCUUGGAAUUCAUUGGGAAGAAGACAAUGGAUGUCAUAGCAGAAGGGGAUCCUGGAUUUAAAAGAACCAAAGGCCUGAUGAAUCGGAAUUCUACACUGUCACAGGUUUUACGAGAGGUGAAGGACAAAGAAGAGCAGUGGCCCUCCAGUGAGGUAACCAUGGAAACAGACAAGAAAACUCAUUAUGGGCUACUCUUUGAUGAGUUUCAAGGCCUUUCACAUCUAGAAGCUCUGGAGAUGCUUUCACGAGAAAGUGAAAUAAAGGUGAAAUCUAUCCUUAGUUCUCUGAGUGGAGAAGAAUUACAGACCACAAGACUUGAGCUAGAGCAGCUCAAAGAAGUGUUCUCCCUAGCAGAUUUCUGUGAGGAAGAGGAGGAGGAGAGACAAGGUGACGAAGAUUUUACCAAGGAGAUAACAGAGCUGUUUGCUCAGCUUCCUGUCUCUUCUAGACCAGAGAAACUCACCAGGGCAAGAAAUACAGCCUACGAAUGGAUUAGAACAUCUCUGGCUAAACCAGCAGCAGAGAAAGAAGGAGGAGAAAAACAGUUGGAGACAGAAAAUGUUGAAGAAGCCAAAAAGAAUUCAAUAGAGGAUAUCCAUGCAUUUGCAAUCCGGAGCUUAGCAGAAUUGACUGCCUGCUCAAUUGAACUGUUCCACAAAACAGCAGCAUUGGUCCUGCAUGGCCAGAAGCAGGAAGUGACAGCCUUAGAGAGGAGCCAGACACUUUCUCAGGUGACAGUCGUGCUGUGUAAAGAUCUGGGCUCCCUGUCUAAAGAGUUUACCACCUGCCUCACCACUGCUGGGGUCAGAGAAAAGGCGGAUGUUCUGAAUCCAGUAAUCACUGCAGUGUUUCUAGAGGCCUCAAACAGUGCCUCCUACAUUCAAGAUGCCUUCCAGCUUCUCCUGCCUGUGCUGCAGAUCUCGCUCAUCGAGAGCAAGACAGAGUCACCCAGGGGUGAGCCGCCAGCCCAGAGCCCCCUGACAGAGCACUGAAGGACAGAGAGGAGUCUACCUGAGAUCAUGAAGGCCGAGAAACCCGACUUUCUUCAGGGAAGCCUUGCAGUCAGAACAAGACAUCACCAAGUGUGUGAAACCCAGGCAGGAGCACAGUUCACAGGACUGUAGGCUCACAGGGUGAAGGCUCACAGGACUGUAGGCUCACAGGGCUGCAGGCUCACAGGGGUGCUUGCUUCUCUCCAUGGCCAAGGCACCCAGAUCGGCAUACUGCUCUUCCCAGUUUUAGAAGUAAUACAGUAUUUGAAAAGACAUAUUUCAGGAAAGUCACUGGGACAUUCUGUCAAAAAUGCUGGACUUUCUUGGAAAUAUCAGAAAACACUAACAAGUUUGACAUGGAUGUAAUUUGUUGCCAGUGGGUUGUUAUACAAAAAAGAAGAAAACUUCAAUUUAGUAUCCUGGGUUUAAGACAUUCUUUUCACCAUGGGCUUUCUCUUUACUGGAAUAAAGUCUGUGACUUUUGCAGAACUGAGACUACAUAAGCCCCAAGUGAGAUGGUCUGACAGGUCCUCUACCCUCUCACCUUGGUAGAUGUUUGGCAUCGAGGAGAAACUUGUAGCUGUAUAUAUGAACUGCAGCAAAGUGCCCUUUGGCUUCAAAUGAUUCCUUUCCCAGCGAGACCCCUGCUCAACUUGAUUCAAGACCAUGCUAUUGCAUGUCUGCAGAUGCUCUGAGACUCUUCAGACUGUAUUGUGCACACCCUGCCUGAGGCUGCAUUCAUGCAGGGUGCAUUCUUCAGCUGCCUACUCCAGAGGGGGAGGAGGCUCUUUUGGUGAUAGGGUUUUUGUUGGUCUUGUGAAUGCUUGCUUAUAACAGGAUUUAGUCUCAGACAUAACACAUCUCUCCCUCAUUGUUCCUUUGUCUUAAUGCAUUUGUUAGUGCACUCUGAAAACAGUUCAAAGGCCAUCCUAUACUUUUCAGCCUUCAUUGCAGUUUUCAACAAUUAAGAGCUAUUUUGGUAUCCAGCUAUUUUUAAAAAUGUUUGUUACCUUAGUGGUUUUUAGUGGCUCUGGUAACUUGAGAGCCCUGGCCUUCAUCUUUGAACAACUUUACAAUAAAAUAUGAUUAUGCCUA